UGUUACGCGCUUUACACAGUAUGGCCGGCGAUAUUAGCUAGCACUCGCUAACGCUAUUCUCUGCUAAAGGGAAGACGGUAACUCAAGAAAAUUAACACCAGAUUGCUUCAAGGACUGCACCUCAGUAAAUUAUAACUGAUCGAGGAAGCAUUCAUUACGCCGUAAACGUUACAGCUGACGUUUAGUAUUUUGUUGGGUGUCUGUUGUCUCAUGAUGGAAGAUAACGGUGCACACUUCUUCGAAGGGACGGAGAAGUUAUUGGAGGUUUGGUUCUCCCGACAGGAUGACACCAAAGGAACCGGGGACCUUCGUACCAUCCCAAGGUUUGAGUGGGACAAACUUUUGGAGAAUGUGCAUUGUUUGAUCAUAAGUGUGACAAAGACUGACAAGCAGGAAGCUUAUAUACUCAGUGAGAGUAGCAUGUUUGUCUCCAAGAGACGUUUCAUUUUGAAGACAUGUGGAACCACCCUCUUACUGCAAGCACUGGUGCCUCUGCUGGAACUGGCUCGGGAAUACUGCGGUUUCAAUGCCAUCGAGAAUUUCUUUUAUUCCCGUAAGAACUUUAUGAAGCCGACACUUCAAGAGUUCCCUCAUCGAAACUUCCAGGAGGAAGUAGACUUUCUCAGCCAGAUUUUCCCAAAUGGUGCAGCCUAUUGUAUGGGGCGUUUGAACUCUGACUGCUGGUACCUGUUCACCUUGGACUUGCCAGAGUACUGGGAGAACAAGCAUGCAGAUCAGACGCUGGAAGUUCUGAUGAGUGACCUUGAUCCAGCCAUUAUGGACCAGUUCUAUAUGAAAGAUGGUGUUUCUGCAAGUGAUGUCACUCGUAUGAGUGGAAUUCGUGACCUGAUUCCAGGUUCUGUGAUUGAUGCAACAAUGUUCAACCCUUGUGGAUACUCGAUGAACGGGAUGAAGACUGACGGAACCUACUGGACCAUCCACAUCACUCCAGAGCCUGACUUCUCCUACGUGAGCUUUGAAACCAACCUCUCCCAGACCUCUUAUGAUGAUCUGGUGGGGAAGGUGGUGGAGGUGUUCAAGCCUGGAAAGUUUGUGACCACACUUUUUGUCAAUCAGAGCUCCAAGUGUCGCAGUGUCUUCUCUUCAGCCCAGAAACUCGAGGGCUACAAGUGUCUCGAUCGCCAGUUGGCUCAAUUCAACGAUUACAACUUUGUCUUCACUAGCUACGUCAAGAACCACCAGCAGAGUUGAGGGAUGAGGAUGAAGAGGCGUAAAAAAGGCGGGUGCUGUCUGGAGGCGUCCCUGCUCCAUCCCCCAUUAGAGAACUUACCGUCUUCCUCUUCCCCGGCCCUGCUCGUCUGCUCCCCGCGCCAUUGGCGUCCAGGCGUCCCUGGCACCGGCGCCGCGGCCGGCCCUAGUUUAACCUCCGGUUUGGGUUGUUUGCAUUGUUGUAAUCGUGAUUUAGAUCUCCUGCAUGAAAGCUCUGUUCUUUGUGUUGAUAUUCUAGCCCACUCUUGCUGUGACCUUGAAGUGCAUGUAGCAAAAUCAAACGCGCUCUGUUGGCAGCGGUACACCUGCACCCAGUACAACGGUCCUUUCCUGCAAGUCUCCCCCCUCAUCCCCCACAGACAGGGCUUCCGCCCACACUAGACGAGGCCCUGACAUGCUCAGACCAGUCUGCCUUUGUCCCAUUCAGCCUGAUCUUUAAGUUUCCAAUGUGAAAAUUGGAAUAAAUGAGUACUUGUAUACUGAGCGCACUUUUCUUGUGGCACUAAAGGCCACUUACUGUCUGAAUGUAACUGUCCCGUCUUUUCUACUGACUGGUAGCUUAUUGAUCACACCGAGCAGUAGCCAUCUGCUCGGCUGGACUUUUGAAGCUGUUACAUAUACAUUUGUUCUGCCUUGUGCCCAAACAAACUUUUAAAGUUUUAUGAACCACUGAGCAUGAGUUGCUCCCAGGCUUCAUGUUACACUGUGCUGUAGUUGAUACAAGCUUCUGGGUCUUAAACACCCUUCCUCCCCACAAUAUCACCCCUAGUCAUAUUCUGCACUGAAUGUAGCACAGGCCCUUAAUGGUAGUAUCAGGAAAAUCACCUGAAGCAGGUGAGCGCUGAAUGUAGGGGUAGAGAAGAACACACCCCGCCUCCCUUCUCCACCUAUCAGCCAUCACCCCCCACCCCAAGUCACACUAUGCCCCGGACUCUGACAUGCUCUUCCUGAGCCCCCUGCUUUGUCAGAGGGAAAAUCAUGAAUCAUACACUUUUGCUAAGUUGCCUAGCUAAGCAUUUUUCUUUUGCCCAACAUAAUAUGCAUCCUCCCUCUGUCUCUUUCUGCCCCAUACAGAAAUCUAAGUGCACAAUGGAGGCCCGCCAGUCUGAGCAUGUCAGGGUGAUCCCGGAUCAUUCCACAUGUAACCGCUGCAUAAACUGCCGUUUUAUUAAAUUUAUUGUGCCCAAACUUUUUUUUUCUUUUUGCGUCGCAUCAGGUUGCAAAUGUGACUCAGCAGUUUUUUUUUCUGUUUUGUUUGCAUCAAUGGCCUUUUGUUCCAUGAGGGGCAAAAGAAAAUCCAGUGACAUUAUGGUGCAUGUGACUACUAGUGCCGUGCUGCCGCCACCUCUUCCUCUUGUCAGUAGCGCUCCGUUUUUUGCGUUCCUCUUUUACCAGUUCAAAGCGUUGUUGAAAGGGUCACACCCUUUUUCAAUUAAUCUUUCAUUAUCAAGGUUUUGAAUUCACUGCCUGUUAAAGAUGCUUCUCCCACCAGAAAUGCACUUUGAAUGUCUGAGCUGGAGGUUGCUAGAGGAGUCCUGGCGAGGCUUCAGGCCUGCUGUGCAAUAGUCUGGUUCUCAGAACCAGCGUUGGUUAAAGUAGGUAAACUGCCCCUGGAGGAGCAGCCACUUGGAGUCUGUAUGUCAUUUGGUGCUGUUUUUUGUUUUUCUCCCCAUGAACUCCUCCAAACAUACUGUUACAGGUGAUCUGCAAUCACUGUUUUUCUUUGCAGUAUAGUCUGGAUUGUCAUUAGGGUAAAUGUUUUUUUGGGUUUUUUUUAUAUAUAUUUAGUAAACUCAACAGACAUUUUUUUUUAUUUGCUGCGGACCAAUCAUUGCUUCCUUCCCCUGUUUUGUCCAAAUGUUUUUUAAGUUUGUUUUAACAUUAAGGGAUGUCCUUUUCACUUUUCCUUUCCUAUGGUGGAUUGUACUAAACUUCUGAGGAGGGGGGGGAGAACCCCUCCGCUGGGUGAGAGGGUGAUGUUGCAAGGUGUGCUGAAGGAGAAACUUUGCUGUUAAUGUUCAUUCUUUGCUGCUCUUUGCAUGGUCAAGAUGUGCUAAAUAUAUCUGUGCUAUGAGCUUGAUGCUUAAAUAAAAGGAUGCUUAUGUGUGAGAA